GUCAUCGAGAAGUAUGCCGAUCAUGAUAUGUUGUCGAUUCCCGUGGACGGGGGCGCUUGGGAAGCGUGCGACUGGAAUGGGCGCUUGGAGGUGCUCGAGAGCAACGGGGCUAGGAAGGUUCCUAGGAUCCUCGCUGCAGCGAAAUUGCGCGAUAUCCGCCGCGUGCAGAUGUCAGCAAAGCUUCCCGGGGCGAGCCUAUCCAGGAGGAUCCAGGGGGCGCGGGGCUCGAUUCUGGGCGACUCCGAGGCGCCAGCGGAAUUCAAUUUGACCCUCGACAACGUGGUGGUGCAGCAAUUCAUGGCGCAG